AUGGCGCAGAAGUUGGACGGACCAGUCGAGAUACCUCCUGUGGCGAUGCCUCAAGCCCAAGCUACGCAAGACGACCAUGCAACCGCUGAAAAGGAUAAGGGAUUUGUCACUGUGAUCGACUCACAAAAUGUGAGCCAUCGCAUCCUGAAGUCGACCCUCGUAAAAGACAGCGGCUUCUUCCGCCGCAUGUUCCAGCAUGAUUUCCAGGAGUCGCAGCUCGCAGAGGUCCGUCUACACGAUGACGGUAAAGAGUUUGGUGGCAUGCUUGACCUUCUCUCGUUUUUCGGUGGCAGAUCUGUGUAUGAGGUCGUAUGGGCUCAACACCGCUCUCUUGAGGAACGCCGUUACAAGUGCUACCACGAGUCGGGGGACUACCUGGACCGCGUCCUUGAAUUGUACCUUGCGGCCGAUAAGUACGACAUGCAAUCCCUCCGUCAACUAUGCACCGAAAAGCUCUUCAUCAUGGCCUUCGGUAUGGUGGGUGUAUCGACAUGGAGUUCGGUCCCACGCCAGACUAAACAUCUCAACACUAUAUGCGACCACUCCGGCGAAUAUCCUCGAGAUCUUUGGGAUGCAUACUGUUUUGGUGUCAUGUUCUGUUUCGAGAAGCGAGGCAACGCGGACGGUCUGGUUGAUGCGCUCGAGGGCAACCCGAAGCUGUCUGUAUACCUUAACAAGAAGCUGGUGGAGGCACUGAGUGGCGCGGGAUCGCUGAGGGACAAGCUCAUCAAGGAGAUGAAGGACCGAGACAUUCCUUUCAGGGACAGAUGUUGUGCAUGA